AGAAUUGUGAAAUAUCUAAAAGGUGAGAACCUGCAAGGCUGCAACUAUAAAAAACGAAGCGGAAGUGUGGAACACCUACUGAAAGUAUCACUUCAAAACUCUGUUGGUCGUAUCUUCUUCGAGAGAUUGCCUCAGCCUAAAAUGCCGUCGUCUUCACAUUAUCGGAUCUGCUUGGUCGCCGGCGCCGCCCUAACGCUGUUAUUUAUCGCAUCAGCGUUUGCCGACGACGUCGUUGUGCUGACGGAGGAGAAUUUCGAGAAAGAGGUCGGUCGCGAUCGCGGAGCUCUCGUUGAGUUCUACGCUCCUUGGUGUGGACAUUGCAAAAAGCUUGCUCCAGAGUAUGAAAAGCUCGGAGAAAGCUUUAAGAAAGCAAAAUCUGUUCUGAUUGGCAAGGUUGAUUGUGAUGACCAAAAGAGCCUCUGUAGUAAGUAUGAUGUUUCUGGAUAUCCCACCAUAAAGUGGUUCCCUAAGGAAUCCCUGGAGCCAAAAAAGUAUGAAGGUGCAAGGACUGCAGAAGCUCUUGCCGAAUUCGUGAACAAUGAAGGAGGGACAAAUGUGAAGAUUGCUUCCGCCCCUUCAAACGUUGUGGUCCUGACUCCAGAUAACUUUGAUGAGAUCGUGCUGGAUGAAAAAAAGAACGUUCUAGUCGAGUUUUAUGCUCCUUGGUGUGGCCACUGCAAGAAUCUUGCUGCUACCUACGAAAAAGUAGCAACAGCAUUCAAGCUGGAGGAAGAUGUGGUCGUUGCGAAUAUUGAUGCAGACCAACACAAGGAUCUUGCGCAGAAGUAUGGUGUUAGUGGUUUUCCCACAUUGAAGUUCUUCCCAAAGAACAACAAGGCUGGUGAGGAUUAUGAUGGUGGUAGAGAUUUGGAUGCAUUUGUUACUUUCAUCAAUGAGAAGACUGGUACAAGCCGAGAUGGGAAGGGACAGCUGACAUCAAAGGCUGGUAUAGUGGAGAAUCCUGAUAACUUAGUGAAGGAAUUUUUAAGUGCAACAAAUGAGGAGAAGAAAGAUAUAUUCAAGAGAUUAGAGGAGGAAGCUGAUAAGCUUGAUGGUUCCUCUGCCAGGUAUGGGAAAAUCUAUGUGAAAGCUGCUAAGAGCUGCCUUGACAAAGGUUCCGAUUAUGCUAAGAAUGAAAUUCUUCGUUUGGAGCGCAUGCUUGCCAAGUCAAUCAGUGCAACAAAGGCUGAUGAGUUCACCUUGAAGAAGAAUAUUCUAUCGACCUUUGCUUCCGAACAGUGAAAAGGUUUGCAGCCGUUGAUGAUUUUGUGGUUACUUCACGCUAUUGUUCACACCAUUGGGUUUUACCCGUUUUGAGGAUAAUUGAGCUUCGAUAUCGAUUUCAUUUAAAAAGACCGAUAUAAAAAAUACUUUUUUUUUUCAAGCAGUAGUCUACUGUAACAUUUGGCUUAGAGAACUUAUCGACUUCCUUUUUCCUGACCGAGGGAUUGGGAAAAACGUGAACGUUGAUGCAGAUUACGUUAUUUAAGCAGCUUCUUUUUAUGUUGUUUAUUUAUACUAUAGAGAUGUACGAGUGAACCUGAACUUAAGGUUUUGCAAUAUCCAUUACACGACUCAAUUGUAGCAUCGUUCUUAUUCUGUUUAACGUUCUCUUCGUUUGCCUUUGCCCCCACAGAGAUGAUUUCACUAUAUUGGCUAUGUGCAGUUGUUUGUUAAAUCCCCUGUGAUGUUUUGCAUAAAUCAACUGUGGUGGGAUUGCAUUCAAGACAAUACUCCAUAUGAUUCUAUUUCAGUCUUAU